AGGUUGGCUGAAUAUCGAAUUUCUUCAAAAAUCCCAUUUCCUCAAACACAGAUUAUUUUGCCUCUUUGUCUAUCACCUCAUUCUACCCGUAGCUGCAUACGCAUUUCUUUCUUCACGCACCAUCUCAAACGCUUUUGCGAAGAAAGAAAAAACGUUAUUUUGAGCUGGACCCAUUAGCAAAGUUUCGAGUUUACUCAAAGAAGUUUCGCCUUUUCCUUUUGUCCCUCGUAUAACACUCAAUCAAGCAAAUAAGUGUGGUAGAUGGAAUCCACAAGCUCCAGAAUCAAUGUUCCAAACUCAAGACAAUCUUCUAAGCGGCUGCUGUUUGAUCGCCGCUAUGGAUGGGUAAUUGAUGAGUGGAAAGACCCGGCGGAGGAAGCACUUGAUGGUGGCCGAGGAAUGUUUUGCAUAUUGCCACUUGCCAAAGCUUUGGUGCAGAAGGCCUCGCAAUCGGUAAAUUUUGCAGUAAUCUCGGUAAGAAAAGCUUCAGAAAAGCCACAGUUGUUUUCUCAUCAGAUACUGCAGAGUGCUUUAGAUGACAGUGUUCGGAGUUUUAUGGCAUCCUUGAAAAACGUUGGGAGUAAAGGUUUCAUCCUCAACAAGAAUUGUCAGUCACAAGCUUCAGAUAGCUCUUCCCACACAGAUAGAGAAAGGAAUGAAUGAAGGAAACAACGUUAGCUUGUCAUCAAAAGUUGGUGUUCUAUUUAAUACAACUAUGCUAAAAAUGCUUUAUGAUAAUUGUCAUUAUGUAGAAUUUUAGUUAAUUAAGGAGAAAAAUAUUAUAAUCUAUGCAUACAAUGCAAUUUAUCAUCCAUUAUAUGCUAUCA